AUGGCGGCCGCGUCAGACCUUCCAUUUGAAACAAUGAAGGCAACAGCAGGGCUUCCUCCUGUAACAAAAACCGCAAUGUCAGACUUUCCUUCUUCAAAUAUUACCACCACGUUAGUGCUUCCUCCUGCAACAAUGAGGACAACGUCAGUGUUUCCCCCUGCACAAAUAACCACAACAUUAAAGCUUCCUUCUAUAACAAUGACCAGAGCAUCAGAAAGAGGUAUUGGAAUUGGUGUGGUUGCUAUAGUUUGUCUUCUCAUUGUUGCAAUUUGCUGUUUCAUAUUAUGGAGAAGAAAGUUACAUAGAAACCAGAAUAGGGAAAGGUUAAAUACAUAUCGAAAUGCCGAAGACAUUAGCAUAACCAGUAACCAAAAUGUACAAAUACAAGGCAAUUUAGUUUCUUACACUGAAUUAACAGUUUACAAUCAUAACCAUGCGUAUGAUGAACUUCAGAAAGAGACAAAAAACACGUUAAAUGAAAAGACUGAAUUAUUAGAUAAUUUUGAUGGACUGUCAAAUGACAAUUAUACUGUACUAGUAGUACCCGAAGACCGAAAUGAAGGCAUAAACUCUACACUCAUGGCAAACACUACUUGGUUCAUGGACAAUACACCAGAUAACAAGGAUUUAAACCAAACUAAUACUUCUACUGGUGCUUAUGCCAUUCUAGACCCAAGAGAAACAGGAUUUGACAGACCUAAACCUGAACAAAAAGUAAAAGCUGAUUCGUUUGCUGUUCUUGGCCCUGCUGAGACUGGAUUUGACCGGACGAAAUACAGAAAUGACGUAACGAUUCAAUCCUUAAAACACGAAAACUUGGAUAAUUCUAUGCAGGAACACGACAGUAAGAAUAAAGAAACAGGUGAUGAAAUGGAAAACCAGAAUGAAGGCCCACAUUCAAUAACCAAAACAAACAAAAUUGAAUCAAUUGAAAAUAAAGCUCCAAAGAAGACGAACAUUAGUAUCGGUGCUUAUGUCAUUCUUGACCCCGAUGCAACAGGCUUUGACAGAACCAAACCAGAACCCGAAGGAAAUGAUGAUUCUUAUACUGUCCUUGACCCAGCUGAAACUGGAUUUGACCGGACAAAAGACAGGGAACACAUGCCUUCUCAAUCAAUAAAAGUCAAAAACUCUGGUAAAUCUGUUCAAGAGCAUGCUAUUCAGAAUCACGAAAUAAGUCGUGAAGGGAAAUACAGCCUAAAUGAGAUUGGUCAAUAUGACGUUUUGAAUCAAGUACUCAGACCAAAUAAUGACAACGAACAUACAUACAGUCAUUCCGUUGAUGCUGUGUAUGAUACAACAAAUCAAAAUCGAACAUCAUGGGCAGAAGAUUCAUCGCAUGCUUAUGAUCAAUAUUAG